AUGGUGUCUCCCUGCACGACAGAUUACACGCUGCUGGCGAGCGAGCAGUUGACGAGCGGCGGCGCGAGCAUCACCGAUUGGGUGUCGUCGACAGCCGGGCCAGCGGCAACCUCGACAGUGUCAACGACGACGAGCCCGAGCGCUAUGGAGUACCCACCGAAGCCGGGCCUGACGGGGCCCUACAUAAUGCCCAUGCCGAUGCCCAUCGGCCCGUACAACGGGAUCGAGGCAGCGAGCAAAAAGCCCCGGCUGGGCAUCAUCGAGCUGGUGAUCUGCAACAUCGGCGCCAUGCUCGCGAGCAUCGCCAUGGACUUUGACGUGCGGCUGGCCAACGUAUCGCCCGUCCACCCCAGGUUGCACGCGAGGCAGUUGACGGCGCACGGGGGAGACGACGAGACUUCGACUACGGGGACCGCGGGGACGUCGAGGUGGUGGUCCGCGCAGUCCGACGCAAACAGGGGCUCGAACUACCUGGGACCGGAGUACGAGUUUAGCUCCACCAGCGGCUACGCGCACAAUACGUACCACGGACCGGCCAAGCAUUGCAGGCCAUUCCUGAGCAGCAUGAGCGGCAUCCCAGGGGUGCACCCGGCCUCGAACCUCCUGGUGGAGAAGCCCCUCCGUUUCACGGACUCGCCCCAGCACUACCCGUCGAGCACGGCCGGUGGCAGCGCGACGGGCUCCAACGCGCCGACCCCGAGCCCACGCCGCAAAAACUCGACGGCCAGCAUGAGCGAGCAAAACUCUUACUCGUCCGAGCUGUCCAGGAUCGACAGGCUCGCCCCACCGGCUUACGCCUCCCAAUCCGGUUACUCGGAUUACGGGCCGCCCGUCUACUCGAUACUCCACCCCCAGCACGACUACUUCAGGCCCAUCGAGCCCGGUUAUCUGGCGCCCUCGGAUUACCACGACCCGAUGCUCGAGUGCGCCGAGUUCCCGCACGCCUACGACAAUCCGAGCAGCGUCAACAGCCCGGCGCGCACGGCCAACCGGCUGCCCUCGUACACGCACCACCGGACUCCGUCCAACGUGUCCACGGCCAGCACCUCGUCCCAGAGCAACGUCAACCCGAGUUUCAGGCUCGAGGACGAGGCCGAUUACUCGUCGCUCUACUCGCCCGGGCACUCGCUGGGCUAUUACCGGAGCCACCACUCGAGCGCAGCGCCCAUGCAGAGCUCGGUCGGUAGCUACGGCAGCUCGAUCCUCGCCAACCACGACUACGGCCCCGGUCUCCACUACCUGACCUCCCGGCAUCAAAACUCCCACGAAGCGAGCCACCCGAAUUCCAUCGAACGACCGGCCAACCUCGACAUCACCACGAGGCUGCGCUCGAGCCUCAAGCGCUCCAACUACGCGUACGGCUCGCCAAACAGGAGCGCGAGCAGAAACAACUCUGGAUCCGGCACGCCGACUAAUCCAACGCCCCCGGACUCGCUGACUUCCGAGGACUCGAGCUACGUGUCGGCCAAGGAUGGCCAGAUAUCGUUGGGCCGAGUGCGCUUCUCCCCGGUGACGUUCGACCGGGAGCUCCUCCAGACGCCCGUGCAGGAGCUGACCAGUCCGUUGCAGUUGCAGGCAACCUCGCGCGCCAGACUCGCCAGCCAAACAUCGAGGAACCGCAAGCCCAGCAUCACCGAGCUGGACCGGGAUUUUUUGUCUUAGCACUGGCUCAUCUAAGUCCAAGUGACGACCCGGAAUCGUCGUUGCCUUGGUGAUACUCGCGCGGUCAUUACAUGCGUUGCUUUUCAUUGCCCGCUAUAUAUUUCUUCCCCUACCCCACCCCACCCCUCUCUCUCUCUGUGUAGGUAUGUGUUUCCGGGGUUGCUCGUUGCCGAGCGAUUCGAGCUUGUAAGUGAGAGAAACCUACUUUUUUCCAUCAUUUUUCAAACUUUUUGGGCUGCUGGGAAGUGCCUUAAUUUUACGUUGCUAGCGCGUCAGAAUAAUGUAUAAUCGGUGUACUUGUCAAGGGCAAAGCUUUUAUUGUGGAAAAAAGAAAAAAAGAUUUGUUGGUAUACAUAUGGAUCGUUCGGCAGCGGGCAGAGUUGUUUUGCGUGACGCGUUGCUCGAGUAUAUACUUACUCCUACUGCCUUUUCUGCGAUGGGCUGACGCGUGUAGGGUAGCUGUCGCAGAUCAUCAUUCCUUGUGAGGAAUUGUGCAACAAUUUCCAACAUUCCAUAUAUUUUUUUUUUUUUUUAUUUUCCUCGCGGUGGCAUUGAGAUUCGUGUAGGUAUAGCGGGAAAUUCCAUUUCGGCGAUGAGCAAAGAGUCGUGAUGGAAACUUUUUACUUGAUUGCUCGUCGAACCGUUUACCUGUACUUGCAUUUCGAUAAGCAAUCCUUUGGCAUUUUUUAGCUUGUAACUUUUGAAGGGGAUUUUUUAGCUUCAAUUUCAUCGUGAUACGACAUUCCAGAAUUACGUGUGGCUGAGUGUUGAUCGAAUUGUACAUGUGUGGCGAGUCGACUUUUUUCCUUCGCUCGUCUACUUCUUGCAUUUGUAUGAAAAAAAAAAAAUAAAAAAAUAAUCGUUGUACCUUAGACCACGAAGAAGCGACGUUUUCGCUUUACUGACUUUUAUUGUCUCUCUUGUACGUACAAGGGAACAUUUUAAUCGCAUUUUUUUAUCCCCCCCCCCCUUACUUUUUCAUUGUAUGAUAUUGUACAGUGAACCAUGUGUUUGUACAUUCGUCAAAGUCGAAAUGAAUGAUAUUGAAUUUACGUCGAAAACAAUAGGCUUCGCAUUUUUUUUCGGCGAUACUCGCAAUCUGUGCGUUCUCAGUUUGCGCAUAUAACAUGUGUACGUAAAAGCUUAAGCUGUGGAGAGAAGGAGUAAUAAAUUUGGAUUAUCGGAGUAACGAUAUUUCAUUGGUAAUCAGUAUUUACAUUUAACAAAUUUUAAGUGAACGAUUGUUGUUGAAACUGUAUGCGAAAUCGGUAUUGCGUAAAAAGGAUCUU